AUGAGCAAGGUUCCUGACAACCAAGACCACACCAAGCGAGACCGUGACUAUGGCAUGUACCCAGAUGACUUGGCCUGGCAGUGCGGCGACGAAGCUGUUGCGGCUUUUGUCAACAGCGUAUAUGAACCUGGAGUCAAGGAGAGCAUCAUCGACAUGAUCGUCAAAUACCGGGGGCAACGCUAUACCGGCUGGGCUGCCAUGCGCGUCCCCCUCCCAGGCAGAAACGCAUUUUCCGACGAGAAGACCCGUACCGAGGUCAAUACCAUGCGCUAUAUUGCGCAGAAUACGACAAUACCCGUGCCACAUGUCUACCACUGGGAGCUUGCUUCUGAGAAUCCCACUGGAUUGGGGCCAUUUAUCAUCAUGGACUACUUUUCAAACACAGACACCCUGUCAGAGGCCAUGAGAGACCCCUUCACUAAACCUGGCGAGUCAUAUGUUCUUAACACUAGUUUGUCAGACGAAAAGCUAGAAGAGCUAUACAGACCGAUGCCCAACAUUGUUCUCCAGCUCUACGCUUUGAAGAUGUCACGCAUUGGGUCUCUUGUGUGUACUGACGGCGGCGGUGACUCCUGGGCUGUUGGUACUCGCCCCCUACUCCAAAACCACCUCGAGGUUGUAACUACAGGUGGAUGCCCGACUUCUGUGCUCCCGCCUGAGGAGACCACGUUUGCAGCCUCGCGCGAAUUCUACACGUCACUGGCAGAUCUGCACAUGGCUCAUCUUGCCUUCUAG